AUGCCUCAACUCAUGGUUUUCGCCAACACAACAGAUAUUGGAUGUGGAGUGACCAAAUGUCCAGGCAUUAACAACAUUAAAAACGGUUUAUUCAUAGUGUGUAACUAUGGCCCAGCAGCAAAUCUUAAUGCAAGACCUUACGAAGCGAAGAAUAUCAAUGAAGUCUGUCCAGUGAAAGAAACUGCAGUAGGUGUUCAAUCAGAACAUGCAGAAUGGCAUCUAACUAUGGGAACCUUGAAAUAUGACGCCAGAAAGUGUUACUGUUUUAAAUAA